GAAAAUUGAAUUCAGAGUUAAGAGAUUCAUAUAAGAUGUUUUUUGUUACAAUCAUACAAUUCUUGAGGGGGAUGAUAUUCCAGAUAAGUAUAUUCAUAUCUAAAUCAUAUAUUCCUAGGAGGUGAAAAAACAAAAAUAAUUGCUGUAUAUACAGAAAUGCAGAGAACUACACGCACAGAUAAAAAAAAGUAUUUUACAAAAUACUUUCCAAGAACAUUACAAAUAUGGUGAAUACAGGGAGUUAUUAAGUAUUGGGCUUUUAAAGUAUCCAUCUCCUCUCCUCUACUGUGACCCAACAAUUGUGUUGGCCUUUCUGCUGACUGAGAUUGUUGUGGCUAAUUGAGCUGACUACAUGUACUAUGCUUUGUUUUCCUUUUUUUGUCUGGAGAGAGUAAACUGAUUGGGGCCUCUGAGAUAAAAAAAAAAGAGAAAUGUGCAGUGACAAGAGUUUUCUACAGGCAGGGUCAUGAGAGAGCACAAGGCCGGACUGGGUCUGGUGACAGCAAAUGGGCAUGAAUUACUCUACAAUCACAUCAAUAUAACAUCUUAAGAGAAAGAUGUCUUUAAAUUAUAUCAAGAACUUCUAUGAAGGAUGUCUCAGGCCUCCAACAGUGAUUGGUCAGUUCCAUACUCUCUUCUUUGGUUCUGUGCGAAUGUUCUUUCUUGGUGUAUUGGGCUUUGCUGUAUAUGGAAACGAAGCUUUACAUUUUAGCUGUGAACCUGACAAGAGGGAGGUGAACCUGUUUUGUUACAAUCAAUUUCGACCGAUAACUCCUCAGGUAUUUUGGGCCCUACAGCUAGUGACAGUAUUGGUCCCGGGAGCUGUAUUCCAUCUUUAUGCAGCCUGUAAGAGUAUUGAUCAAGAAGACAUUCUCCAGAAGCCUGUCUAUACUGUAUCUUACAUUAUAUCUGUGCUGCUAAGGAUUAUCCUGGAGGUGGUAGCAUUUUGGCUUCAGAGUCAUCUUUUUGGUUUUCAGGUGAAUCCGAUCUUUAUGUGUGAUGCGGGAAGUCUUGAUAAGAAAUAUGAUCUCACCAGGUGCAUGGUACCAGAACACUUUGAAAAAACAAUAUUUCUCAUUGCUAUGUACACCUUUACUGUCAUUACAAUAAUAUUGUGUGUUGCUGAAAUCUUUGAGAUUCUGUGCAGACGGCUAGGUUUCCUAAACAAUGAGUAACUCGGCUACUUUCCCAUUUACUCAUUUUAUUAGUUAUUUUUUAGUUAUUAACCCUGCAAUGUGAAUAAGACCCAUUUGCAAAGUAGUUUAAAAUUCAUAAUAAUAAUGUAUUUAAUAUAUGGUUUUGUGUAACAUUGGCAGAAAUAUUAAAUGGUUCAAGAGUAGGAAUAUUAUUCCUUAAAUUCCUUGCUCCCACUGACAGUAUUCAACAUUGUUGUCCAAGUACAAGAAUUUAUUUGGAUCUUACAAGUUAUGCCCUUGCUCAGUGUAGAUCAGGGGUGGCCAAGACGUUGAUUGCGGUCCACCAGUUGAUCCCCCGACAAAGCCGGAGGAUGCGGAAGUGCGGCGUGAAUGCGUACAUAUGCUGCGCCGCUAACAUACGCUGCAUCUUGGGGGAGGAGUCAUCGGUCAAUCGCCAAUGGAAGAAGUCUGGCCACCCCUAGUGCAGACUGUUUUCUUAACUUCCACCCUUGCAGAGUCAAUACCUUUAGCUUUUUCUUCAGCAGCUCUCCAGUUUGGGAUUUCAGGAGCUAUCUGGUUGCUUGG